CGAGUCCCAAAACAACACCCCUACCUCUCCACUCUAUCUGUAUCAGCGUCGCCCCCCGUUCCACUAGUGUGUACUGUACACGCACUACCAUUUCUCCCCUCCACCAAGCAAUAAUCUCCAAAACAAUCACAGUUCCACCACGAGUAUCAACAGCUGCGAUAUCCACACUUAACGAACGAUCACCUCUCUCGCUGUUUGACUGAUCGCUUCGGCCCUCACUACUUCCUCCACAAGAACUCUCCACCAAGAUGAGUUCCGGCGACACGCCUCGCCAUCCACCUUCACAACGGCCGGCGUCUGGGUCUGCGUCCGGCCCUCAUGAACCCCGGGACACCCUUUACUCCACAAAGCCGACGGCAAGUACAUCCCGACCACCCGCGCAGCCCGUGUUCGGAUCCACCACCCCGCUCAAGUCGAACCUGCCCUCGCGGUCAUGGAUGCCAGCGGACGCCUCAGGUCGGAAUGCUGCCCCUCCCCCUAGACGACCCUUCGUUUCGGAAGUCAAUGCGCGCGCACAACAGUACAUGGAGCCGAUCCGCGCUGGUGCGCCCCGCGAGGCCUGGCGAACGGGGCCGCCGGUGAUCGACCUGACGCAGGACGACUUGAUCCAGCCGCCGACGGACUAUCCGACGUUUGCUACCCCCCGUCCCACAAAGGGGUUUACGUCGGUCAAUAGUGGUCCGAAGAUGCUCUUCGAUAACAAGCCGGCGGUUUACUCGUUGCCUGCUGGUGGUGCAGUUCCGGGAAUGACGCACUACGGCGGCGAGUAUCUCGAUACUGCGAAAACUACAGAGAGUUUGAAGGAGCUAUUGGAGGGAAUCAAUGAUGAGCCGGUCCCUAAGAGGACGCGGAAGAAGAAGAAGAAGAGCAAGCUUGCGAAGAAGGAGGAGGACGAGCUCGCGUCGAUGAUGGCUAGUGCUGAACUUGUUGAGAAGGAGAAGGCCGCCGCCGACUUUGAUGGGAUCAAGCCAGAAGUCAAAGAGGAGCCUGCAGAGGAGGAGGAGGAAGAGGAGGAGGAAGGGGAAGAAGAGGACCUUAGCAGGGUCGAUGGUCUUAAUGUUCCCCUUCUGCCACAUCAGGUUAGGGGUUUAUCUUUCCUCCUGUCUCGCGAGGAGAAGAGAGCAAAGGGUGGAAUCCUCGCAGACGAUAUGGGGCUGGGCAAAACCGUACAAUCGAUCGCUUUGAUUCUCAGUCAUCCUCACCCGCGGUAUCCCAUCGUGGACGGAGUCACAUACUCGAGCUUGUCACCAAAUUCGAAGUUGGCGGCUGCUGCGGUUCCAGACGACGUCUGUCGAGGAACCCUGGUCAUCUGUCCUCUCGCUCUGAUGAAGCAGUGGGAGUCUGAGAUUGCCAAGUUCACCGAGGACAGCCACAAGCUUCGUGUCAAGGUGCAUCAUGGACCUAACCGCACGAAGGAUCCGCUGGCUUUGCGCAGAUACGAUGUCGUGAUCACGACGUACGACGUUAUCCGGUCGGAGCACACUCAGUCCUCUUUCAAAGAGGGCAGUGACGGUCACGUCGACGCUGUGGGUUGCUUCGGCAACCGUUGGUGGCGAAUCAUUUGUGAUGAGGCCCAUACAAUCAAGAACCGCCUCGCGAAAGGCUCCUUGGCGGCUUGCGCUCUCAAGGCACGUUAUAGGUGGUGUCUCACAGGAACUCCCCUCCAGAACAAUCUCGAUGAGCUACAAUCUUUGCUCAAGUUCCUCCGGAUUGCCCCCUUCGAUGACCUCGCUGUAUGGAAGGAACAGAUCUCGCGCCCCAUGCAACAGAAUAGGGGAAAAAUCGCGAUCGACAGGCUCAGGAUUGUUUUGGGAGCGGUCAUGUUGCGUCGAACAAAAGACGUUUUGAAGAAGGACGCAGAGGGGAAAACCGGUCACCAGAUCAGACUCCCCGAGCGAAACAUGGAGAAAAUCGUCGAGUCUUUCAGUCCCAAGGAGCAAGCUUUCUACGACAAGCUCGAGGAGCGAACAGAGGAGAGCCUCGAGAAAAUGAUGGCCGGUUUUGGGGAGUUUGGAGCGUCGCUCGGUGGUCAGAAUAUGACCAGUGCUCUCGUGCUUCUGCUGCGUCUUCGGCAGGCUUGCAACCAUCCUCAUCUACUAGCUGGCAAAAUCCACAAAGACAAGGACUCCGGAAUGGGGCUCUCUGGGCUCAAGAAGAAGAAGGCACCGAUGGUCGACGACGCGGUUGAGGACGAUGAGCUGGCGGGACUGAUGGGUGGGCUCAGUGUCGCCCAAAAGAAAUGCGAAAUCUGCCUCACCGGAUUAUCCCGGGACGCAACUGAUGCGGGUGAGGUUCGCUGUGCUGCGUGCACAGAGGAUCUCGAUGAUGCGGACUUUAAACGGUCAAAGAACAAGAAGGAGAAGAAGGUCAAGAAGAAGAAGAAGAUGCAGGCACCAAGGGGUCGUCGGGUUAUUUUGGAUAGCGAUGAUGAGGAGGACGAGGAUAGUCAAGCUGAGGAAGGGAACGACGAAGAGGAAAACGACGAUGCGGCUUCCGGCGAUGAGAGGUACAACGAUGGCCUUAUUGACAGUCAAGCUGAAGAGACGGACGACGAUGGCUCCGACGACGACGACGGCACUUACUCCCACUUACUCCCUUCUACUAAGAUUACUAGUCUGAUCAAAAUCGUCUCGCAUGAGAUGAAACGGAAGAACAAGACUAUUGUUUUCAGUCAAUUCACUUCGAUGCUAGAUCUCAUUGAGCCCUUCCUUCGGAAAGAGGGGAUUGCUUUCACUCGGUAUGACGGAUCAAUGAAGAACGAUGACCGUGAAGCGUCGCUUCGCCGUCUUCGCGGUGAAGGAGAGUUCGCUCCCCGUAGGGGAAGAGAAGACAGAGACUGGUGUGGAGUACUACUUUGCUCACUCAAGUGCGGUGCCUUGGGGCUUAACUUGACCUGUGCUAGCAGAGUCGUCAUUCUCGAACCCUUCUGGAAUCCAUUCAUAGAAGAACAGGCGAUCGACAGGGUUCACCGUAUCGGCCAACAGAAGGAUGUGAUUGUGUACAAGUUCACCAUCGAGAAUUCGGUCGAAGAGCGGAUCCUCCAGCUCCAAGACAAGAAGCGGGAACUUGCCAAAGCCGCCAUCGGAGAUGGCGACAUGGCAGGCAAGGCGAAGGCUGCGAAGAUGAGCAUGAAGGACAUCAUGUUCUUGUUCAAGCGUGACGCCGAAGGAAAAUACCAAGACAACGGGCCCGACCUGAAUGCGAAGACCCGGAUCCUCAAGGAGAGACGCGCGGCGAAGUUCGAGUCUGCCUCUGCACCUGCCCCGGAGAGGGAAGGCCGCUAUCUUUCUCCCGCCGAACAGGCCGAGCGAGAAGCAAGACGCGCGAGAGAACAGGCGAGCGUUUAUAGUCGUAGGUGAUCUGGGGCUGGGGGUUUUGGAUUGGUCUCCUUGAUUUGUAUUGCAAGCAUGAACUCCAUAGAAACAACGGAAAGGUUAUGGACAUGUAUCUAGUUCCUCGAAUAGAAUCGUAGCACUUUUGGUAUGCCUCUACAGUCAUCUUUGAGCGUGUGUAUAUGUGGAAAAAUAGGGAAACGCAUACGCUGGCCACGGACUGUGCAAAGACGGACAACCGUAUGAUGCAAACACAACACACCCAUGAGAAGUCUAGGGCCUAAUACGGUAUCAUGCAUGUAAAAAAUAAGAAAAUAAAAAGGCCACGCUCUUAGAAAAAGCCAUUAAACAUUGCAUUUCUUUUCUUGCGUUGAACUGGCCGAUGCAUCUACCUCGCUCGUAACGGAGGGCCCUCUCCGAACAACUCUUUUUUUUGGUAUUUUUUAGAGUGUGAUAAAUAAACGGAAAACUAGUCGCGAUCGUCGCACAUAGUCUGGUGGAGAG